CACCUGACCCAAAGUCCAAGUCACGUGAUUGAUAUUCCAUCCUCGCCAUUUUGCAAUGUGGGAGAGUGGGAGGCCAGUUUUUAUGGCUAACGAAUAAAACAAAGCAGUUUUAUGUGUUGAGGACAAAGAGCGUCGUGCCUUUCUGUGUCAGUCAUGGAGGGGAUCAGCAAUAUAGCUGUACUCAUCACACACUCCUCCACAGCCUCCUCGUCCUCCUCCACUCCGUCAGCACUGGGAUCCCUCUCUCAAACCCAAACCCAGGAAGCGACAGGGGAGGACACCUCCCAGAGUUUUCAGCAGAAACAAGCUGCGGAUUCUCUCAUCCAGGUCAUUGAGAAGCUCAGCAAAAUUGUGGAGAAGCGUCCCCAGCGCCGCUGCACCUUGGUGGGACAGAAAAGAGCACUCCAACAGGCCUCUUUUGCAGGGGGAGGAGGAAGUGAGGACGGAACGAGGGGGAGCAGAGAAGGCUCUCCUUAUGAGAAAAUUAAGAGGGACCGUAAGGAGCAGGAGAGUGUAGAGGAAAUUAGAUUAGAUGGCAGCAUGGCUGAUGGCGCUCUUUCCUCACCUGUGUCUGGUGACAGUAACAUCAACAUCACCUCCGCGGUAACAGAGGUACCCAGCAACCCCAACAAGCGGACAGUGACUUGUUAUCAGUGCAGCCUGUGCCCAUAUCUUUCCCAAACGCUGCCUCUGCUGAAAGAGCACCUGAAGCAACACAAUGAGCAGCACACUGACCUCAUCCUCAUGUGCUCCAAGUGUCACUUUACCUCCAGGGACCAGGGGCAGCUGGAGGCACAUGUCAGGCUGCACUUCGACAAUGUUGGCAACCUGAGGAAGAAUUCCACUCUUUCGGAUACUUGCAGUGAAGGCAAGGAAGAGGUUUUAAGAAGGCAGGAUCUGGACUGGACUGGGAGCAGUGGCAGUAGAGGAACCGAAUUGAUCAAAAGCUCAGUGGACGGUUCGAAUGAACUACCACAGAAGAAGAAAUGGUAUAGCUAUGAAGAGUAUGGAUUGUACCGCUGCCUGAUCUGCAGCUAUGUGUGCAGCCAGCAACGAAUGCUCAAGACCCAUGCCUGGAAGCAUGCUGGCCUGGUCGACUGCUCUUACCCCAUCUUCGAGGAUGAAGGUGGGGCUCCCACAAGGAGAGAGGCCCAGGCUACAGCUAACACUGCCGCAAGCAGAGAGGAAAUAGUCGUUCUUUCUCCAGUUCUUCAAGAUAAAAGUCUGCAAAAGCUGCCCUCUGCCUUCAAGCUCCAGCUGUUUGCUGCUCCAUUGGCUGUUGAGAACAAACGUGAUGUUUCGGUUUCUAAUCUUCUUGAAAGUCCAAAAACAGCAGAGGAAGAGGAGGAAAGUGUGUACCCUAUCAAAGACCUCACCUCCGAGGAGCCCAUGGUGGAGGUGCAGGUGACGACGGAGGCGGAGUCUGAGGUGGAGAUUGAUAGUCAUCAUGAUAGCACCUCUAUCACGGACAGCUUACUGUCAUCAGCUCAGAAGAUUAUCAACAGCAGUCCCAACAGUGCCGGCCAUAUCAAUGUGAUUGUAGAGCGCCUUCCUUCGGCUGAGGAUUCAGUCAUGGCGACUAACCCACUUCUUCUCAGCCCAGACGUGGACAGGGACAAGAGCUUACUGGAUGCAGAGGAGGAAGAGCAUGACCAUGUAGGAGCUGCAAAGGAUGAUGUGGUCCCUGGCUGCAGUGUGGGUAGCACAACGGACAGCCAGCUAUUAGGAGCUGAUAUCAAAUCCUCUGUCGCUAUAAGUAGCGACCCUCCACGAGAUGAAAACAUUCCCCCAGCUGGUCGCAAGAGGACACAUUCUGAGUCUCUCCGCCUGCACUCUCUGGCUGCCGAGGCUCUGGUAACUAUGCCUAUGAGGACCCCCGAGCUCUCCACCUCCAGCACCAAAGUAACUCUAAAGACCAUUACAACCCAGGCACAGAGCCCAAACAUGGGCCAGAAACUUGUAGAGGUGACUACAGCUGGACAGAAGGCUUCUGACGUAGGGACAACAGCAGCUCUAUUGGACUUGGAGCUUCAAAGCAAGGACAGAAAGGAAGAUUUGGGGUCCCUGGGCCUGGGGGAGGGAGACGAGGAGGGCCCUUCCACUAAAGCUGGCAUCAGCCUGUCACUGCUCACCGUCAUUGAAAGACUCAGAGAGCGCUCUGACCAGAACGCGUCAGAUGAGGAUAUUUUAAAAGAGCUUCAAGACAACGCACAGUUCCAAAACGGAGCCGUGGCCGGUGUGGUCACAGGGAACAGAGCUGGGAGUUACAUGUGUAGCAUCCCAGGAAUGGACGGGUUGGGUGCCUCUCCUGAUGGUGGUCUGGUGGACUACGUCGCCGGUAGUGAACGGCCAUACCGGUGCCGCCUGUGUCGCUACAGCAGCGGCAAUAAGGGCUACAUUAAACAGCACCUGCGGGUCCACAGGCAGAAGCAGCCUUAUCAGUGUCCCAUCUGUGAGCACAUUGCCUCGGAUAGUAAGGACCUCGAGAGCCAUAUGAUCCACCACUGUAAGACCAGGAUGUACCAGUGCAAACUGUGCCCAGAUGGCUUCCACUACAAGAGUCAGUUAAGAAACCAUGAGAGGGAACACCAUAGCUUCAGCAGUGACAUGGCAGCCCUCACACCAGUCACUGAAACUGUGGCCAUGGUGGAAGAAGCAGUGCAGGGAACUGAUGAAGAAUGUGGUAUGCAGAAGAUGUAUAAGUGCGAUGUGUGCGACUACACCAGCUCGACAUAUGUUGGAGUGAGGAACCACCGACGGAUUCAUAACUCUGACAAGCCUUAUCGGUGUUGUAGCUGUGAUUUUGCCACCACCAACAUGAACAGUUUAAAGAGCCACAUGAGGAGGCACCCUCAGGAGCACCAGGCCGUGCAGCUACUGGAGCAGUACAGGUGCUCUCUGUGUGGCUAUGUAUGCAGUCAUCCCCCAUCGCUCAAAUCCCACAUGUGGAAGCAUGCUGGAGACCAGAACUACAACUAUGAGCAAGUUAACAAAGCCAUUAACGAGGCCAUCUCCCAGAGCAGCCGAGCACCUCAGAAGUUGUCUGCAGUGCCGGAGUCUGUGACAGAGCACCCUGCGGUGGCCCAGCCCUCAAAGGACAAAGCAAAGGGCUUAGUGGAACCACUGCCAACACCCACAUCAAUGACAGCAGCUGGCCUGGCUGUGGACAGCACAGGGGGCCUCCCCACACCCACCACAGACCCUUCACAGUGGCCUGGUGAAUCCCCAAGCCCCCAAGGGAAGGACCCUGCACAGCUCCAGUCUCGUUCCCAGAGCCAGCCACGUACAGGCCAGGCCCCUGUCCCGGGCCCCGGCAUGGAAUACUGCGUGCUCUUGUUCUGCUGCUGCAUCUGUGGCUUUGAGUCCACCAGUAAAGAGCGGCUGAUGGAGCACAUGAAGGAGCACGAGGGAGACAUCAUCAGUAUCAUCCUCAACAAGGAGCAGCAGCAACCAGAAGCCCAACCAGGCCUCCAAACAGCAAAGUGAGACCUGCCCUUCCCGCCCUCUUUAUAUUAAUACUGACCCUGCAGUCUUACAGUGAUCUGCUGCCCACAAAAGUAUUUUGUUAUGUUUCUUUACCUCAUGGUGAUUGUGGUGGAUAUUAAGCUGUAACCAUUUCACGUCUACUGUACCAUAGUAGUUAAUUGUCAUUUCUCAGAAUGUUCUGUGGUUAGGUCGGUUGUGAUGUCAAAGGGUUACAACUGUGAGGCUGCGAUAACUCCUGUCUAAUGCAGACACCUUGAACAGGUGUGGAGAAAAAUGAUCAAAUGAUUUUCUGAGUGGCAUAUCCUUUGAAACAAAAGUAAAAAAAAGAACAUAGAACAAUGUUAUGAGCUGUUAAUAUUUGUGUCAAAUAAUUUGACAUUAAAGAGACACAAAAUGUGUCUGUAGGGAAGUGAUUUUGAUUUCAAGGGGACAAGCCUGAGCUUUAACCCAAGUUAGAUUUUUCUCUAUACAGGGACAAGUUCAUACCUCACAAAACCACACAAUCCCUCACCAGAAAUGGAUAAAAGAUUCACAUAUUUUCCAGUUUAAUUCAUAUUGACCAUAAGGCAGCUCUUUAUUGCUACUGUAAUAUUUAAUGUAUUUAAUCCGACACAGUUGAGGCUCUAGCCUAGUUAAGGAGGUACAUGUGCAAACUCACCAAUGCCUAAACACAUGUAUCACAGCUUUAAUAUGAUUUAAUAUUUAUCAGUGUAUUUUAUGCAUGUUAGUUUCUGUUAUGCCAAUUUAAAGAGGCAAAUGUUUAUUAUGUUUUGCAUAUUUUGUUUUUGUUUGUAUGAGUGACAGUAAUUUUACUUGUUGGGUCAUUUAUAAAGUAGUGUCUUUAGAGGAGAAAGUAGUAGUUCUCAGAGUGGAAGUUAACCAGAGCAAAGUAGAAAUUGAUCUUUGAUUGAUUUGAGUGUAGUUUACCAGCAACAGAGGUAUUGGUUUAGGGCAUGUUGACAAAAGGAAUGAUGAAAAGGGAAGUUAGCAUAGGUAGGGCUUUUACUUUAAUUGAAUGGUGCCUAGAUAUUUGAAAGCAGGAAUAUGUUGUAUUGAAUCAGACACACAUUUCACUUGUGAUUGUGGUGCUAGGCUCACUUUAAGAGUUGCCAUUGAAGGUACGGUCCGUUUCUUUUUAUAGCCUGUGCAAUUUAUGUUGUGUAUAUAAUAACAUUUUUAUGAUAACCUCUAAUCUGUUUUGUCAGUGUUUUUAAAAUACAAACUGUCUAGUUUCAAACACAACUUGUAAUGACUGCUGUCCCAGCUAACAAAUAUGCCUGAAAUAAGAAGUCAUAGAUGCAAAAAUUGGGUUUGGAAGGCGAUACGUUUUCGAGGUAGCAUUCUCAUGUGAUUGACUGGAAGCAGCAACGUAAUAUAAUUAUUGUAGCUCUGAUAUGGACAUACUCAACUCAGCACAGUGUAAUGAUGAUAAAGCGGAAAUUUCGAUCAAUGAAGGCUUCAUGUUUACCCUAAUAUCGCAAAUGAUGCUGACUGUGCAGAAAACACCUGGGUGAAAUGAAAGGGAAGGAAAAAGGAGGACUGGCACAGAUCUAACUAUCUAGUCACUCAGAUGCAUUUUAGCAACAACCAAAGUAUGUCUCACACUUAAUUCAUUCAUUCAUUCAUGUAAAAUCGUGCAAUUCAUUCGGGACAUAAAGUUAAAAAAUUGCUAAUGCUAUCUUCUUGAUUUCCGGAGAGCUUUACAGGAGAACAUUCCUGUUUCUGCUACAAUCUUGCCUGAAAAACCCAUCAAGAUCGCAUUAAAAAUUUUAAAUUAACAUAAAAUUAAACAUAGAUUAAAGAUAAGCAUUGAAGAUAAGGAUUAUUCUUUUAAACCUUACAUUCAAUGUCAAAGUCUCAGACCAUCUAAUGUAUCAUGCAGUCCUGUCAUGCAGAAGACACUUUGUCACAUUAACUUAUCAGUGUGCCAUCACUUUCUUACAUCCACACGGAUGGUGCCUGGGAAAAUUAAGAUAAAAUGGAAUAUGCACAUGUGUGUGGCAUAGUGGAAGACAAAAUUAAAUCUCUAUCUCAAAGACCUGUUACCGGGCCUAGAAUUCUCAUUAUCAAAGCAGGUAAUUAUUGUCUGGCUUUUAAUUUACAAUUCUACGUGGCAGAAUUAUGGAAGAUGGUGACAUGUCUGAAUAAAAAAAUAAAUAAAAUACAAAUGGGACUUCAGCGUCCCUGCCAUCUGUUUAACUCAGUAUGCAUGUAAAUGAGCAGUGAGAAUUAAAGACUGAACCGGCCACAGCCACACACAGACACACCCCAGCCCUCCCCAUUCUAUCAUAGGGAGAUCUUCUAUUAAUCUGACAGCUCGUAAUUAUUCAACUCAUGAAUUCUAGUUAAAGGUUCCCUGUGGAGUUUUUUUUUACCUCUAGUAGCACUAAGGAGCUGUUUUUCCAUGAGUAGUUCCCUGUUGGUCAUGUGAUACACUAUCCUGCCAAUGGUUUCACACUAUUCCACUGAUCCACAUUUGGCGGUAAUGUGCCAGCAAAGACGGUGAAGGAGGAGACUGCAAGCUAGUAAACAUGGAUGGAAACAAUGCAGGCUUUGCUAAUGUUUACUAACGAGGAAGGAAAUGCACUCGACACAUUUGUUAGAGCUCAAAGAUACGCACAGUGAGUUUUGGUGAGAAACACUGAAUGUAAACAUAACUUUUGUUUGUUUUCAAGAAAACUCCACAGGGCCCCUUUUAAACCUGGAUUUUAUGGGUUUUUUUAACUGUAGUUGUGAGCACACCGUUUUCCUUCGUAAUGAGGGAAUAUUACCAGUAUUUUGGAUGUGCUCCUUUUAUGGUUUUAUUUUUGCCACUGUAGGUUUUAGCAAAUGUUACUCAAACAAGCCAUAAAUCAAUCAACUGUGCAUUAAUACACAUUUGGUGCACUAGUGACUAUUAUCGGCAGCAGGGUGGUGUAUGUGGGAUAGACUACAGUGUAGUCAGUGAAGUACACUACAGUGCUUGUUUUCAUGGUAAUGUAGAGGUAUGUCAUCCAGUUUAACAGUGUGGCCCAUUAAUGCGUUUUCAAUCGUUUUUGAAGGUGGAGGUUUAAUGGCACAGAGGAAUAAGAUACAUCAGGUUUUGGAUGCAAAGACAAUACUUGUCUGUAGGAUCAAUUCUUUGUUGAUUUUUGUCUUUUCGUGAUAGUUAUUGAAAAUAAGUAGAAAUAUGUAAUAUACAAUAUCCCCAGACUUGUCCUUGGUGUGUACAGCAUUAUCAUAACCAAUAGAAAUGAUGGCCAAAGCUACAAAAAGCAGCCUGCAAGUAGUAAUAAACUCACUGAACUCAAUGACUGUACAUUUAUAAGUGUUAAUUGGGAAUAACAGAAUAACUUCACACUCCCUUUCAGUUGAUGGUUUACAGCAAACCAAGCACUGCAGUGUUAGCCAGACCUGGAAAAAUUUAAUAAGCAGUUGUGUACCAUGGCAUUUCAUAGUUGUGAUUAUAACAUAGCUCGUGAUAAUAUUUCAAGUAAAACAAAAUCUUUUCAGAUAUUUUUUUAGAAUGUUUGCUUAAUUGCUAACAAGUGAAGACAAAAAAUAACUUGCAUUCAAAUCCUGUUGGAGUUAUUGUAAAGUUCAGUUAACAGCUGGGAAAUGCAUCUUGGGUCGUUCCCCUGGUGGUAAAUGCAUAUAGGUCAAGUGGGAUUUUGCAGGCAGUGAUAUAUCCCAUUUGGUGUCACAAAUUGCAAAAGUGUGUCAACACAGACAGCAGACACAGCAAGUAUGAAAGCAAGUGUUUACCACCUUCAGAGCAUACAGAGCUUCCCCAUUCACCACGGUUACAUUUCCCUCAAACAGUUUUAAUUCAUACCGCAACUACAGAACUAUAAAUUUGUGCCAUAUUUGAAAGCAAAGAAUUGUCUUUUGUUUUAGUUUAUUGUGCUUUUGGAUUCAAGGUAUUAUUUGUGUUGAAAGUAGAAUUUUGACCUCUCUGCCAAAACUUCGGUCAAAUAUCUAAGUGUUCCAGCAAUAGAGCCAUAUUUUCAUUUGUGCAUGAAAUAGACAGUCAGUGGUUUUGAAGUGGAAGCAAAAAUCUUGAUUUUGUGACAAUUAUGGAUAUUAUCAUUUGAACACCUUACUAUGUUUUCAAUAGAGACAAGUCCAUACUUUCAUUUUAUUUAGCAGUCUGGGGGACAUUGAAACAACAACAAACCAAGAAUGUGAAAUAGCCCUUUCUUAUAUUACUAGCUAUUUUACCUAGUAAUGUGCUCAAACACUUGGUACUGUAUUUUUAGAGUGUACAUAUUGUAGAUGAAAACUGCAGAACCUUAAAACUGACUUUUUAUAAAAGAUAAAAUCUAUUUUUUAAUGAUCUUGUAAAAAAAAAAAAUAAAUAAUUGAGACAAAAACGUUUUAGAUUGAAUUUUGGCUCUGAUCUUAUUUACUCCUAGUGUAUUUGAGGGAACUGAUGGUUUUAAGCUAAACACAGCAAAAUGAGCUGCGUGAAAUUAAACCAAAGGAGGUGGAGAGGAUAUAACGUGUCUGUCCGGAUCAGUGUAUUUUUGCUCAUAUUCAAUUUUGUAAUGGAGGUUCAACGUGGAAUUGUUUCAGACAGCAGUGUGAUGCUUGCUUUAUGUUUAUUUAUUUUUAGAACAUCAUAGGCUUUAUAUGUCACUACUUUGCCAUUGUAUUUUUGGUAAUAAAGACAGAAAUAAAUGA